AAAUUCCCGCCAGUCUAUUCCAACUGUAAAAAGCUAACUAUCGGCUUUUGCGUCUACAAGUGUCCAGUAUUAAGUACACAUUGAAAAAACAUUAAAGAAAAAAUUUUAAUUGAUGAAUUAUCAAUAAUGAGUAAACGUAGUUUACGAUCAAAUGCUCUGUCGGAUGAAUUAAAAUCAUCUAAAGCACCGAAAAAGGAUGAAAAGAAAACUAGUAAAGUUGCAUCGCGUCCAAAACCAGCAACACCUAAACGAACAACAACUAAAGCCAAAGCUAAACCUGAGCCUCAACCUAAAACUAAAUCUAAAAAAGCUGAUGUCAAUGGGAAAGAGAACAAAGAAGAGUCCAUCGGUUCUAAAAGAAAGCGGCAAGUUAAGGAAAAACCAAAAAUCGAAGAUAAUUCAGAUGAUGAAGAGAAGGAUGAGGAGACUCCCAUAAAAAGGAAGAAAAGGAAAAUAAUUGUCCCCUCUGAUGAAAGUGGAGAUGAUUCAGAUGAAUACAAACCAAGUGAUGAUGAAGCUUCAGACUCAGAUGCCUCAGUAUCGUCAGCAGUUGCUAGUUCUGAAGCAGACACUACGUUAGAUAAUGCGAGUGAUGAUGACCCAACACCUAAAAAAGAACGGAAACCAAGAAAUCCCGGUAAAGGUACAAAGUGUAAUCCAAACCAAAAGAAAACUCAGCAGAAUGAUGAUGAAACCGGCAAGUCAUUUCAAUUGGCAAAAGCACAAUUACCAUCAGGUCCAGUUUCUGGUGCUGAAAGUUGGCCUCAUUUAAAAUAUUCAUUUCUUCAACCCGAUGAAAUUCGAGAUGCUGAAAAAAGAAGACCAGAUGAUCCAGAAUAUAAUCCUAAAACAGUUUACAUACCCGAUAAAUUUCUUAAUGAGCAAACUCCAUCGAUGCGACAGUGGUGGGUACUUAAAAGUCAACAUUGGGACUGUGUUUUCUUCCAUAAAAUUGGUAAAUUUUAUGGAUUGUAUCAUAUGGAUGCUGUCAUUGGAGCUAAUGCACUUGGUUUAUCAAUUAUACCACGUGAUUUUGCAUACACGGGAUGCUUUGAAGUAAACUUUAGCCGUUAUUUUAAAACACUCGUUGAAAAAGGAUACAAAGUAGCUCGUAUAGAGCAAACUGAAAAUCCAGAAAUGAUGGCUGAACGUUGUAAAAAUUCAAAAACAAAAGCGUCGAAAUUUGAUAAAGUUGUUAGACGUGAAGUUUGCCAAAUUACUACUCGAGGUACACGAGUUCCUACGGUGUUAGAUAUUGAAAAUUUUUCAGCUCAUUCUAACUAUUUAUUAUCACUGGUAGAACAACAAAACGCAGCUCACUUAUCGACUUAUGGAAUUUGUUUUAUUGAUACAAGUAUUGGAGUUUUUCAUAUAGGUCAAUUUGAAGACGACUGUAACAAUUCACGUCUACUUACGUUGUUAUCUCACUACACCCCUGUCCACGUUAUUUACGGAAAAGGAAAUCUCUCUCCAAUAACGAUGAAAAUACUUAAUACUCAAUUGCCAGGGACAACAAUCAAAGAUCCUUUACUUAAUUCGCAAUUUUUGACGGCAAAAAAAGUUAUUGAGAAACUUUAUGAAGGGGAAUAUUUUAAAUACGAGUCAGAUGAAUUUUCUUGGCCCGAUGGGUUAAAGCCUUUCCUAAACGAUCAAGGUACUAACGGUAUCAGUCCAGCUAAAGAUAAAACAUUAGCAGUUCAUGCUCUCGGUGUGUGUGUUUAUUUAUUAACUGAAUCUGUGUUGGAUCAUCAAUUACUAGCGCAGAAAAAAUUUGAGACAUAUAUACCUCCAGAUUUAAAUGUGGUUAAUGGACAACGAGUUGGACCGCUUGUCAAUAUGGUAAUUGAUGCUGCUACUAUAGAAAAUUUGAAUAUUCUUGGCAGUAGUCCGUCACUUUUAACUUCCUUAGAUCACUGCUGCACAGAUUUUGGUAAGCGGUUAUUGAAAGAAUGGGUUUGUCGUCCACCUUGUGACAAAAAUACUAUUAUAGCUCGAAUCGACGCUGUCACAGAGUUACGUGAUCUAAAGCAAAUAUGUCUGGAUGCUAGUAAACAGUUAAUCAAUCUUCCAGAUCUUGAAAGGUUAUUAAGCAAAAUUCAUGCUCAUGGAAAUGCUGCUAAGAUGAAAAAUCAUCCCGACGCUCGAGCAUUUAUGUGCGAAAUGAUGACUUAUAAUCAACGGAAAAUUAUUGACUUAAUUAAUUGUCUAAGAGGCUUUAAUCAAGUGCUUGAAAUAAUAAAAAUUUUUGAUUCAUUAGUAAGUGAUUUGAUAGUACAAACAACACAAAUUGAGCCGAAAGGAGAGUUUCCCGAUUUAAAGGAAACUCUAAAUCAGUUCGAGCGUAGGUUCGAUUCAAAAUUAGCAUUAGAACAAGGAUGUAUAAUACCGAAAAAAGGAAUGGAUGCUGAAUAUGAUGAGGUAAUCGCUGAAUUAAAACAAAUAAAAGAAGACAUGGACGUGUAUUUAAAGUCUCAAAGUGAAUAUUUUGGAACGAAGAUUAGUUUUACUGGAGGUCGUGAAUCUUAUCAAAUUGAAAUACCAGACAGUGUAGAAGAUAAAGUUACUGAUCAGUAUGAAUAUCAAGGUAAACGUAAAGGUUUUAAACGUUAUUUAACGGAAGAAACCAAAAAAUUUCUAGAACGACAAACAAAAGCUGAAGAACAACAUCAAAAAGUCCUUAAAGACUCUGAUAGACGCACUUUCGCUAAGUUCAGCGAGCACUAUGACAUGUGGGCUACGGCUGUUCACAAAGUUGCCGUUCUUGAUGUCCUUAUUUCACUCGCUCAAUACGCUAGAAGCGGUGAUAAGUGUGUUCCAGAAAUUAAUGAUACAGAUGAAAUAAUGAUCGAUAUUAAAGAUGGAAAACAUCCUUUAAUCACAUCAGAUAAUUUCGUCCCCAAUGACACAUCACUUGCGAGCAAUGGCUAUGGUCCUUUGGUUAUUCUGACUGGCCCAAAUAUGGGUGGAAAAUCAACAAUUAUGCGUCAAGUAGGUUUAUUGAGUAUUAUGGCUCAUAUAGGAUGUCAUAUACCUGCACAGAGUUGUAAGUUUUCAUUGAUAGAUCGUGUAUUCACUCGACUGGGUGCCAAUGAUGAUAUGAUAACCGGUAGAAGUACAUUCCUCGUUGAAUUAAGUGAAGCUGCUACGUUUGUUCAACACGCUACUAAAAAUUCUCUCGUACUUGUUGAUGAACUUGGUCGGGGUACAUCAACCCAUGAUGGUACAGCUAUAGCUGCAGCUGUUCUCCAAGCUCUCGCUAGACUUGAAUGCCGCACUUUAUUCUCUACACAUUACCAUGCACUUCUCGAUGACUUUAAAGACAAUCCAAAAGUUUCACCAGCUCAUAUGGCUUGCCAAGUUGAGAGUGAAGAAAGUGAUGCUACUCAAGAAACUGUAACUUUCUUAUACAAAUUAGCCGAAGGAGCAUGUCCAAAAUCAUAUGGAUUUAAUGCUGCACGAAUCGCUGGCAUAAAAGCCAAUAUUACAAAACGAGCCAAUGAUCUUGCUAAAAAACUCGAGGAUGCUGGUAACCGAAGAAGUUUAUUCAUGUCGUUAUGUAAAGUUAACAAUCAUAACGUAAAAAGGAUACUUACACAGCUGCACGCUAUUGCUGCCAAAUAAUUUUUCAACAUAUUCCAUUUCUUUAUACUUUACAUAAAAUACUCAGUAUUGUUACCAUUUCAAUAUUUUUUUAUAAUUCAAAGCCUUUGUAUUUUUAAGGAAAUCUGAAAAUUUCCUGCUUUAUAUAUUGUUUACUAUUGUACAAAUUUGAACUUUUCCAUAGUUUUUUUCUUCGCUAAAUUUGUGUAAAAUAGUUAAGAAAAAAAAAUUCAUUCAAUCAUUUUUGUACGUUUUUAAGUAUUGUAGUCUUCUUUGAUAAAUACGCAUGAAUGAUAUGAGAU